GAUAGAUCACAUACUCAUGCAGCCUUCUGAAUCAUGACCAUGUCGAAUAGGGAAGCCCCCUUGCUUGAUGAUCUUUUUAAAAUUCACGAUCCAAGCACAACCUGCGCCUAAAUCGGCUCCGACGUCCUCCCUCAAUCCCAAACCACUACAAUGACCGAUUCUCCAAGCGAUCUGACAGGUGGCUGCCAUCCCCUGAUAGAUGGAUACAACACGCCGUAUGGCUAUCUACCUACAUUGGCUCCAGCUGCAGCAUUCUGCGUAUUGUUCGGCCUCUCAGCAGGCAUUCAUAUGGUACAGGCAAUAUGGAAACGAACUUGGUGGACACUGCUCUUGACAGUGGGUUGCAUCACCGAGGUUUUGGGAUGGGCUGCUCGUAUCUGGUCAACUCAAUGCCCCUACAAUUUGAAUGCAUUUCUGAUGCAAUUCUCAACUCUCAUCAUCGCUCCCACAUUCUUUAGCGCUGCGAUUUAUAUUUUCCUCGGAUGUUUCGUGCGCAUCGUGGGACGGGCCUCCUCAUAUCUUGGCCCCAAAUCCUAUCUGUGGACAUUUGGUAUCUGCGACAUUAUUUCCAUCGUCAUCCAAGGGGUAGGUGGCGGUAUCGCCUCUGCGGAUUCAAAAAAGAUCGAUGGUAAUCUCGACAAUGGGUCUCAUAUUAUGCUAGCGGGGGUAGUCUUCCAGUUGUUCUCCAUGGCAAUAUUCAUGAUAUGCGCAUGCGAUGUCUUCUAUCGGGUUUAUUGCCACGACUUACCCGUGCCUAGCGGAUCAGCCAACCUCUGGCUUGGAGUGUUGGUAUCUACUACAACUUGCAUCUUUAUUCGGUGUAUUUAUCGCACAGUGGAGCUGGGCCAGGGACCGGGAGGAUAUCUUCUCCUACACGAGAGCUAUCUGAUCUCCUUUGAUGCAGUAAUGAUGGUUCUCCUGGUGGCCAUUUUCGCCAUCUUCCAUCCGGGCUGGCUCGUAUCGAAGAAGGAAUUUAUACCUCUCUGUGAGGUUCAGCUAUUGGAUAGGGAAAGCAGGUCGUGAUAGCAGUAGCGAAGUGCUAAUUAGACAUUGGUUUCUUGGGAAGUUUUUUUUUUUUUUUUUUUUUGAACCAAAAAAAGCAAA